CCUGUUAGUGGGUCGGCGAACCAAAUUUCCCAGUAACACGGAACGCCGCACUAGUCGGGCACGCCAAACGUCAAGAUUUUUGCUAGCAACGGAGCUUGGAAUGCCGAGCGAAUGACAAUAUACAUGUGACAAGAACGCCAGCACCACGGAUUUCUUGUGGGACAAGCGUACAGGGCUCGCUGCUAAAACGAUGCCUCACACCAGACGGUACUCAUCCUCUGAGAGAGACAGUCGCAGCAGCUAUCAUGAUCGUUACAGAGAGAAAGAAAGGGAUAGAUGGCGCAGACAUCGACACAGAAGAUCGCCCACAUACUCUUCGAGCAGUGACAGGGAUCGGGACCGAAGGGGACGAGCUCAGAGACAGGAUGCAAGUUAUGUACGCUCAAGGAGUCGAAGCUAUGACAAUCGCUCAACAGAGCACAGGCCGUUUGACCGAAGAUACUGCGAGGGAUACAGAAGAUUGGAUCAGAGCCGCGAUGAAGAACGCGACCAUGACCGAGAAAAGGAGCCACAUGGAGCCGCCGAAAGUUACUAUCCACGCGACUUCUCGCCAAGCAUGUACGACUACCGGCGGGGCCGAGAAAGGGAAAGGGAGCGGGAUGAAUCAUACCGACGAAAGGACAGCAGGCGUAAGCACAAACGAAGGCGGCGUAGAACCAGGUCCUAUAGCCCAUCAUCCUCGCGGAGCAACAGCCGGACGCGGGCACUGAGUGUGAGGGACGACGAGGAAGGGCACCUGAUCUGUCGGAGUGGGGACGUCCUGCAAGAGAGAUACGAGAUUGUCAGCACUUUGGGCGAAGGCACCUUUGGCAGGGUGAUGCAGUGUAUUGACCAUCGCAGGGGAGCGUCCAGUGUUGCUUUGAAAAUUAUCAAGAAUGUGGAGAAGUACAAAGAAGCAGCUCGCCUUGAGAUCAACGUACUUGAGAAGAUCAACGAGAAAGAUCCUGACAACAGAUUCCUGUGCGUGCAGAUGUAUGACUGGUUUGACUACCAUGGUCACAUGUGCAUCUCCUUUGAGCUGCUUGCGCUCAGCACGUUCGAUUUCCUCAAAGAAAACAACUACCUGCCCUACUCCAUUGGUCAAGUCAGACACAUGGCCUACCAAGUCUGUCUCGCUGUGAAGUUUCUCCAUGACAAUAAGUUGACGCACACAGACCUAAAGCCUGAAAACAUCCUAUUCGUCAACUCGGAUUUCACAAUGUCCUACAAUGUGGAGAAGAAACGAGAAGAGAGGACAGUUAAGAGCACAGCGGUACGCGUGGUGGACUUCGGCAGCGCCACUUUCGACCACGAGCAUCACAGCACUAUUGUGUCCACCAGGCAUUACCGUGCCCCUGAGGUCAUUUUAGAAAUGGGCUGGAGCCAUCCUUGUGACGUGUGGAGCAUUGGCUGUAUCCUGUUUGAGUAUUAUCUGGGCUUCACCUUGUUUCAGACUCAUGACAACAGGGAGCAUUUGGCUAUGAUGGAGCGAAUCCUUGGACCUGUGCCAUCCAGAAUGAUCCGCAAGACGAGGAAGCAGAAGUAUUUCUACCGAGGCCGUCUCGACUGGGACGAGAGCUCCUCGGCGGGGAAAUACGUCCGGGAAAACUGCAAACCUCUGAGGCGAUACUUGCUGUCAGAGGCGGAGGAUCACCAUCAGUUGUUUGACCUCAUCGAAAGCAUGCUCGAGUAUGAGCCGUCCAAGAGGCUGCUUCUUGCAGACUCUCUCAAGCACCCUUUCUUUGACUUUGGGGGGAGUGGCGAGGCAGUGGGCAGUAAGAGCUGGGAAGCAAACCGGGACAUCAGCCGGUGAUCCGAAGCGCCUCCUCCUAAGUCUGGUACAGCAGUAUUUGAAACACGGGGCAGGGGAACUCUUACGGUUUCUGUUGGUCAUCAUGAAAGCAGGGACACCUCCCUGCUUCUUCAGUUUCCACCUGUGCUGCCAAGCAAAGUGUGCAGAGAUUGCCAUAAGACUUGGGUUGGUUUCUCAAUUAGGAAUCUUCAAUGGUCAAGGCUUCAAGAGGACAACUAUGACGAACAGACUUGUGCACCCAAAGGAGCCCUCUAUGCAGCUCUCAUCUUCCUCCUGAAGUCGUCCUCCUCCCGUCCAACCAUUGUUAUUUUUUGACUUUCUCAAGGAAACCGGUGCCAUGCAAAGUCAUUUAUGGCGAACAAACGUCUUCCUCUCGGGGAGGGUUGAUGAAGAAAGAGGAAAAAAACAAGCAUGCAGUCCCUUUGGUGCACACGUCACCCACAAGAAGCAUCCAUCACUGCAGAAAACAUCUUAAAUCCAUAGUUACAUCCAUGCUCAAAGGUGGCAAACUAAAUACGAAUACUUCUUCUCAUGGAAUUUCCAAAAUAAUGCAAGCGGCAAGUGUUUGUAAAAUGUUUCGUUUUUGAUAAUGAGCACUUUGAGAUUUUAAGCAUAAAUGGAUCAUCUUGGCCAUGAAAAGGCCUUUAUUGUUCACCAGUAAGACGCACUGCGCACCCGCUAUGGUCUUAUUGAUUGUGAACUCCACCACGCGAGACAAGAAGGUAACGUUUCCAUGACCAUGGCUUUGUUUAUCUAUUUGUUUGUGUGCGUGAUGUGCUGUUUUGUUUGUACAUUCUGGGUUUGCUUUCGACAUGUGGCGAUGUGUGCGCCGGGUACGACACAUUUAUAUUCAUGCCGUGCGCUGUGACUUGUAGCUUGCCCAGGAUGAGAAAUCGUCGCAGACUUAAAAACUAAACGUAUAAAUUGCCUUUCCCCAGGUGCCCCCACUGAAGCUAAGCACAUGUCUGGUGGGCUGUCCAGAUGCGAUGCACACAACUGUUUUGAUAUUUAUUUGUGUGUGUUUUUGGGAUUCAAAUCCAUUCAAAUAGGUCACAGUCCUCGCCUCCCAUAUAUACAUGGAUUGUUUUUUUUGUAUGAAAUUAAAAGCCUAUAAAAGUGUAUAUAUGUAUGUAUGAUGUUGUAGAAUUAAAGUGAAAGUCCUCCUUUCCCAAGGUAAA